AAAAAUCUCCGUCGCCGUCAUUAUUUUUCGUUAUUUAUUAGUAUUUUUAUUUUUUUUAAAGAAAAAGAAAUAAAAGACUGAGAAUUUGAAAAUUACCCGUUUGAGUCUCUCCAAGGAAACACAAGGGCACAUCUUGCAAAUCCUUUAACCAUUUCUGUUAGGGCUUCCCACAAAUUCAUGGCGGCUGCAAAUCCUCAGCCUUUGCAAGCGCGUCCCUUCCAGGAACAUGUCCAAGUUCCCUCAAUGAUGGCGGAUGACGACGGUGAAUAUGAAGAUGGCGGCGGCGGCGGCGGAGGCGGCGAUGUUAUGGAUGAUGUCGAAGAAGCUCAUAUGACUUCAGUGAGCGUAGCGAAUCAUGGGGGGUUGGUUAUGGCGUCUAGAGCUAGUGAACUUACGCUUUCUUUUGAGGGCGAGGUUUAUGUGUUCCCCGAAGUUACUCCCGAAAAGGUACAAGCGGUGCUCUUACUUCUUGGAGGGCGUGAUGUGCCAGCAGAUGUACCUACAAUGGAAGUACCAUAUGAUCAUAAUAACAGGGGUAUGGUUGACACCCCAAAGCGCUCCAACUUAUCACGGAGAAUAGCCUCCCUGGUUAGGUUUCGUGAAAAACGAAAAGAGAGAUGUUUUGACAAGAAAAUUAGGUACACUGUACGGAAAGAGGUUGCACAGAGGAUGCACCGUAAGAAUGGCCAAUUUGCAUCCUUAAAAGAAAGUUCAGGUGCUUCAAGUUGGGAGUCAGCACAUAGUUGCCUCCAAGACGGUACUCGUUCAGAAACUGUUUUGCGGAAAUGUCAACACUGUGGUGUUAGUGAGAACAAUACACCUGCAAUGCGUCGUGGGCCUGCUGGACCAAGGACCUUAUGCAAUGCAUGUGGUUUGAUGUGGGCGAACAAGGGCACGUUGAGAGAUCUCAGCAAGGGAGGGAGAAAUGUGUCUCUGGAUCAUAUGGAACCUGAAACUCCAAUGGAUGUGAAGCCUGUAAUCAUGGAGGGAGAAUUUUCGGGCAUCCAGGAUGAACAUGACAUAAACGAAACCACUGGAGAGCUUACAAAUUCGUUGCCCAUGCGAAUUGUCAAUCAUUCAUCAAAUGAUGAUGAGCAGGAACCUCUUGUUGAACUUGCUAAUCCUUCGGAUACCGAUAUAGACAUCCCCACUAACUUUGAUUAGAAAGGUAAUUGUUUGCUUAGGCAAUGGGUCUAGGAGAUUUCAAAUAAUACUUCGGCUGUUAAUAAUAUCUUGUGCCCGCAUAAAUCCUAGAUGUCAAAACAGUUACUAUCAACAAUGGAGUGGCAGUUAGGACUUGUAUAAUUACAAAAAAUGUCCAUGACUUAAGAUUCAAGUGUGCACAGUGGUCAUCUUUUGGCCGGGACGUUGCAUGCUGGUCUCAGCUGACGUUAGAACUUCUAACGAUGUUGAUAUUGCUGCCAGAAACUGUUUGUAUUCACUGUCGAGUCAAGUUGUUAGGGGAUACAGGUUGAGUUCUUCCAUCAGUGUAUGAUCUGAGUGAUUCAUUUGGUAGAGUUACUCUUGAUUCAAUUUUAUUGGAAGGUCUGCUUCCAUAAUUUAUCUGUCACAAUGAUGAAGAGAUCAAAUGCUUGUGGUGUUUGUAUCUUAAGAUAGACCUUUUGUUUCGCUUCUAAUUGACAGUACUAUAUACAAUGACUUGAGCAGUUGCUAAUAGAAUAAAUUUGCACAUUACGAAUUGUAAUUUUAGCGAUAAUCACUUCCCUUCAGGGACCUUUUUAGUGUA